AUGGCGACGGAUUCAGUGAUGUGGGCUUCCUAUGAUAACAACUCGCACGGCUUCGACAAUGUGCUGAAGCUGCGCCGGCAGCGGGAGCGGCUGUGCCGGUUCACGGUGGGGCGGCUGCUGCCGCAGGGCGCCGACUGCGUCUUCCUGAACGGCUCGUCGACGCUGGCGCCGCCCUGGGACCUCGACUACCCGGACUGGCCCGCCGGCGGCGCCGCCGUCGGCCUCGGCGUCGGCGUGGGCGCCGCCAACUUCACCAACGACACCGGCACAGCGGUGGUGCAGACGCCUGCCCCGCUGGGCCCAGUGCUGCCACCCUUCGAGCUGUGGCAGACGGUGCUGAUCGCGCUGUGCCUGGGCGCGUGCAUUGUCCUCACCGUCGGCGGCAACAUCCUCGUGCUGCUCGCCUUCAUCGUAGACCGCACCAUCCGACAGCCGUCCAACUACUUCAUCGCCUCCCUCGCUGCUACGGACAUGCUCAUCGGCACGGUGUCGAUGCCGUUCUACACGGUGUACGUGCUGAUGGGCUACUGGGACCUGGGCCCCAUCCUGUGCGACCUGUGGCUCUCGGUAGACUACACGGUGUGCCUGGUGUCCCAGUACACGGUGCUGCUCAUCACCAUCGACCGCUUCUGCUCGGUGAAGAUCGCGGCCCGGUACCGCAGCUGGCGCACCAAGCAGCGCGUCAUCUGGAUGGUGACCAUCACCUGGAUCAUCCCCGCGCUGCUCUUCUUCAUCUCCAUCUUUGGCUGGGAGCACUUCAUCGGCUACCGCGACCUGCUGCCCGGCCAGUGCGCGGUCCAGUUCCUCAAGGACCCCAUAUUCAACACGGCGCUCAUCAUAGGCUACUACUGGACGACGCUGGUGGUGCUGUUCGUGCUGUACGGCGGCAUCUACAAGACGGCGUACGACAUGCAGAAGAAGAGCGAGGCCAAGCAGCGCAAGAUGCAGUCGAUGGUGGCGCUGUCGGCGGGCGCCGUCUCCGGCAUGGCGGGUCGCGCCGCGGGCAUCGGCCUCUCCAAGACGCAGAGCACGCUGCUCAGCCAGGACAAGCCCAGCGCCGGGGGCAGCGGGGGCGGCGCCGGGGGCGGGCGCGGGGGCUGCGGGGGCGGCGGACGUACUUUUAUGACAGCUUACCUAACCACUCCUGUGGGUGCAGCCGUCUCCGGGGAUUCGACCUCGUCCCAGAAGACGUCAUCGCAGCGGUGCACCAGCAACAGCCACACGGCCACCACGACCACCACCACGACCGCCGAGACGGCCAGCUUCUCAGCCAAGUCUGUGGCGCCCACCCCAGUCACUGCCAACAACACCAUCGAGGGCGAGCGUUCCUCCAGUCCGGCCUUUGAGUCCGAUGAGGACAGCAGCACCAACAUCGGCCCGCCGCCGACGCCGUGGCGCGGGGCGCAGAACCACCAGCCGAAGCGCUGCUCGCUGGCCAACCUGGUGGUGCAGACUGGCGCCAGCGUGGCGGCGCUGCCCGCCUUCAACGGGCAGGCGUGCGUCGCGCUGUACCCGGUGGGCGGCCGCACGGCGCCGCCCAUGCCGGCCCACCUGUCCGGCCACCCCCAGCAGCCCCAGCAGCAGCCCCAGCAACAGCCCCAGCAGCAGCUGGCGCAGAUACCAGAGGCGUCCUCCGGCGGCGGCUGCAGCCUGCUCGACACGGACAACCCGUCCGCCGUGGCCGAGCUGUCCGUCAGGACGCUGACGCCGCUGCUGUUGGCGCAGCCCGCCGUGGCGCCAGUGCCGGUGGCGCCAGUGCCGCAGCCGCUCACUCCGUCGCCCCAGCAGCAGCUCACUGGCGCCAGUCCCAUCCCGCCGCCUGCUGCCUUCCAGACAGAGCCCCCACGGGCCCGCCCCCGCAGCCUGCUGGUGGCGGCGGCCCAGUCGCUCUGCUCCGCCACCUACGACAUCCUGGUGGGGCUGGACGGAGCAGACCUGCGGUACAUGGACGAGAGCUCCAUCACGGUGCCGUCUCCGGCGUUCGAGUCGCCGCCGACGUCCUCGUCUCUGGGGCUGGCCCACGGGGGCGGCGGCUCCGCCUCCACGGCGCCGCCGUCACCUGUGCACUUCUGCACUUCCGCCCCCGCGCCCACCCCCCAGCUGGGGCAGGCGCCGAGCAUGUCGCUACUGCACGCGGCGCUCACGGAUCCCCCGCCCCCGGCGCCGCCCCCGGAAGCGCCGCCGGUGGCCAAGGUGGAGACGGCGGUGCGCCUCCGCGGCCCCCAGGACGCGGUGACCACCGUGGUGGAGCAGCACCCCGCCGCCCCCGUCGCGACGCUGCCUGGUCACACAGACGUGCAUCUCAAGAACUCUGCCGUUGGCAGCAGUGUGGGCGGCACGACGGUGAUCGCCCGGGAGAGCGGGGGCGGCGGAGGCGGCGGCAGCACUGCGGGCAGCUUCAUCCUCGGGGGCGGCUCGCGUCGCGACUUCGUGCGCAGCAUCGGCAAGCGCUUCAAGGGCGGCGGCAGCAAGCGGCGCUCCAGCAAGAAGGAGUCGUCGGGCCGCCAGAAGUCCAAGUCGGAGAACCGCGCGCGGAAGGCGUUCCGCACCAUCUCCUUCAUCCUGGGGGCGUUCGUCGCCUGCUGGACGCCGUACCACAUCCUGGCGCUCGUCGAGGGCUUCUGCGCGCAGCCGCCCUGCACCAACGAGCACCUCUUCAUGUUCUCCUACUUCCUCUGCUACGCCAACAGCCCCAUGAACCCCUUCUGCUACGCGCUGGCCAACCAGCAGUUCAAGAAGACCUUCACCCGCAUCCUGCGCGGAGAUCUCCACAUGACGUGA